AUGACAUCAUACUUUGGAAACAUAAACAAUCUUUUAUCCAAUCAGAUUUGCUUGGAGGCGGUCCUAGAACCUAUUAAUGAGGCGGGCCUUGGAGGAGUUUGGCCAGAACCCUGGGUGAGCGGCAACUUCUGCAUGGAGCGCAAUAACCAUUCAGAGCUCUGCUUUCCACAGCUUGCCAACCUGUCCUGCAAGAAGUCCAUGUUUGAAUCAUCUGAAGAUGUUCUUAAUGCUCUGCUCUCUUUAACCUGUGUCUUCACUGUGCUGCUCAAUUUGCUCGUCAUUGUUGCAAUCUCCCAUUUCAGGCAGCUUCACACUCCCACCAACCUGCUCCUCCUCUCUCUCGCCGUCUCCGACGUCCUGGUGGGCCUCCUGGUGUGGCCUGGUCAGAUCUAUCUCAGAACAUCCUGCUGGGCUUUUGGCGACAUAGCAUGCAUUUGGUAUCAGUUUGCCUCCUUCAUCAUCGUGUCCGCCUCAGUGGGAAACAUGGUGUUGAUAUCAGUUGACCGUUACAUUGCCAUUUGCGAUCCUCUCCACUAUAAGGAGAGGAUCACUGUGAAUAGAAUCCAACUUUGUGUUUGUCUCUGCUGGUUUUUGUUGUCCCUCUACUGUUGCUUUCUUUUGAGGGAUCAUCUGGCUCAUCCAGAAAAAUGCAGGUCCUGCUAUGGUGAAUGUUUUGUUAGUUCUACCGUAAAUGAUGGGAUUAUUGUUAUGGUUGUGAUUUUCAUCCUCCCUCUCAGCAUUAUUGUCACACUGUACACCAGAGUGUUUAUGGUUGUCGUGUCUCAGGCACGAGCUAUGCGUUCUCACGUCACAUGUGGCAAAGCACAGAAUUCAAUCCGUUUAGGCCCAAAGAAAUCUGAGCUGAAAGCGGCCAGGACUCUCGGUGUUGUGGUUCUCGUUUUCACUGCCUGCUUUUGUCCAUUUUACAUUUUUUCUCUCAUAGGUGACUUAAGCUUUUCAUCAUCUGCACAUUAUGUUCUCUACCUGUUUAAUUUCAACUCGUGUGUGAACCCUUUGAUUUACGCCCUGUUAUACCCCUGGUUUAGAAGAACUGUUAAACAUAUUGUUACUCUGCGCAUACUACAGCCUGGUUCCUCUGGGGCCAAAGUGGUGUAG